UCCGGUGCUGGCUGGAGUCGGACUCUCUCUCUGGCCCACGGGAAAACCCUGAGGAGAUAUUUUCAUUUUCAAAUAUUAAGAAAUUUGAGGAUGGUGGGAAAAAACGACUAAAUCCCACUUUGCUGUGAUUCUUUUGCCGGAAAAUAUCGAAAUCUGUGGAUAAAUUAAUGGGAUAAGAAAAAAGAUGACAUCUAAAAUAAAUAACAAUUUCACUUUGAUUCCCAACGAGAAAUAUAAACGUAGCAAUCGUCGAUCUACCUAUACUUCCAACACUGCCAAUUCAGAUUCUCAGCCCUUGUCAACUCUUGGACAUUUUAAAGCCUUACCAUUGGAAAUAUUCCAAAUAAUUUUAAGAUAUUUGUCAGUGAAGGAUGUCAGCAUGCUAAGCAUGGUGUCCAAAACAGUCAGCCAGCACAUUAUUAAUUACAUCUCAACCUCAUCAGGAAGUAAAAGACUUUUGCUACAGGACUUUCAUAACCUUGAGCUACCUGGCAAGAAAAAGGAUUCCGCUAUAUUGGAACACUACAGAUCUCUGGGUCUACUAUUUAAAAGAUGCACGUUGCUGCUACCCACCAAGGAAAGACUAAAAUACAUUCACAAGAUGCUUUCAGAAGUUUCCUGUUUUAAAUUCAAUGGCUGUCCAGCUCCUAUGCAAUGUUUAGGAUUACCAUGUUAUGGCAUGUUUUUACAGAGCUUAACAGCAGGUUGGGAUGAACUUGAGUGCCAUCGUGUUUAUAACUUCUUAUGUGAGUUGACUAAUCUCUCCCGCAAGAUGCAGACUGUUGUCUAUAGCAAACCAGGAAGUGUCCAUAAACUGGAGCUAAGGAUCAGAUUGUUCUGCAGGAAUGUCUUGCUUGACCACUGGACACAUCAAAGUGAUUCUGCUUUUUGGUUGACACGAAUAUUAAAACCAUGGCCAAUGGUGAAUCAAGCAAGAUUGCUGUAUAUCAUCUUUGGCCCAACAUCUCCUCAGGAUGGACAGGUGGUUUGGCAGAAAAUGAUAGAAGGACCUACAGAUGAAUCCAGUCUGAAAGGUUUGGCUGAUGCCAUUAAAUUACUUUAUGACACAGGCACCAAAGAGUGGACAGCAGAUGAUAUUAUCAGUCUUGUAGAAGAACUAUCAGUGGUUCCCCGGGAGUGGCUUCUAGAGAAUAAUGCACAUCUCCUAAUCCUAAGUGGGAAUAACAUCUGUUUCACUUUCAUGGCUAGUAAAGCUGUGAAUGGACAGGCCUUUGAACUGGCAAGGCUCAUAGUUUUUUUGGCUUUGGUGUGUGAGAAAGAACUAUACUGCAUGGAUUGGGCAGUUAAAAUGAUGCAAAAAGUCUGUAAAGUCUUCAGCACUCCAGUGGAAAGAAAUAACUUCCUGCAGAAUGUAGCAAAUGCAUUUGCCUGUGUAACAAUGGAAAUGCUGCAGUCGAUUAUGUCUGGAGAUCGUGAUGAGGAUGACAGAAGCUUUCUGAAUUUGUUCUAUCUCGUACAUGCUCAGGCUAAUUUCCAUAAAGAGGUUCUAUAUUUAACUAUAAAUACUGUCUCUUCAUAA